AUGGCGGACGAUGAUAGUGAUUUGAAAGGCAGCGAUGCGAUCGAUGAAAUUGAUAUUGAUCCAUCAGUUUUAGGAACCAAGGAAUACUGGGAUAACAAUUAUAAGGAUGAAUUUUCUACUUUCCAAGAAUAUGGGGACGUAGGAGAAAUAUGGUUCGGCCGCGACAUCAUGAAUCGUAUGCUAUCAUGGAUAUCUACAAGUGACUGCAUAGAAAAAGCAGCACCUAUAUUAGAAUUAGGUUGUGGAAAUGGAGUUUUACUUUUAGAAUUGCUAAAAAAAGGCUUUACGAAUUUAACUGGAAUCGAUUAUUCUAAUUAUGGCAUCGACUUAGCCAAGGCUAUUGCUGCUAAAAAUGAUACAAAAAUUAAUUUCGAGGUAUGCAACAUUCUGAACAUUGAAGAGUGCGAAUCUAAAGUAAAAUGGCCAUACCGUGCAAUUAUUGAUAAAGGGACUUACGAUGCUAUUUGUCUGAAUCCAGAAGAAAGACUACAAUGUCGUGAAAAAUAUAAGUUAAACGCAUCGCAUUUACUUGAAUCCAACGGGCUGUUGAUCAUAACAUCCUGUAAUUGGACAAGUAAUGAAUUAAAGAAACAUUUUUCUCCAGAAUUUCUGAUAGAGGCUGAAAUUCCUACACCAAAAUUUCAGUUUGGCGGGCGUGCUGGAAACACUGUCGUAUCCUUAAUUUUCAAGAAGACGGCAUAA